AUGGAGUUGGGACGCAUUCUUAAAAUCGAACAAAACAUCACAAAAGCGAGUCUUAAAGUCAUUAAAGCCUUUCAUAAAUUUGUUUUUGAAAAUGAUGAUGGUCGAAAUAAUAGACGUAAUUUGCGAAGGUUUGAAGGCUUUGAUUUCAAAGACGAUAACGACGAACGAUUGCAAGCUAAGAUAAAUUUUGCCAUGAAUAAUUUGACGCUAGGAGAAUUAAAUUCAAUUUGUCAAAUCCUAUGUGUGGAUAACGACGCGAAUGACAAAAAAGAAUUAGUUGAAAUGUUGUGUGGAAAAUUAUCUGAUCUAGAGCUAAAAAAUUUAGAUGACGAUAUACACGACGAUGGUUCUGGAAAAGAUGUUGACACCACGCAUAUUGAAAGAAAAAAAGGAAAAUCUGAUGACGAAAGUGAAUUAGAAAUGGCUGAUAUAAGUAAAAGUAAUAACAUGAGCGACGGAGAACAAAGUUUCACAAAAAAUUUCGAAAACAAUUCCAAGACUUUUCAUCCUAAAUUCAUGCUGACAUUUAAAGACAUUGAAGAAACUCUAUGCACCUUUGAUGGAGCUGAAUCACAUUCAAUAAAUAAGUGGAUCGUCGAAUUCGUAGAAACAUCGCUAAUGAUGGGAUGGAAUGAGGUGGAAAAGCUGAUUUAUGGUAAACGGUUAAUGAAAGGAGAAGCAUUGCUGUUUAUUAGAGCUGAAAAGGGAAUAACGUCAUGGACAGCCCUUAAAACAAAGUUAAUAAAGGAAUUUGGUAGAACAACAAAUAGCGCAGUUAUUCACAAGAGGUUAACUACAAGAAAGAAGAAAAAAGACGAAACAUUGUGGCAGUACUUAAUGAAGAUGAGAGAAAUAGCUGCAGAGGGAGACAUUGAAGAAGAAGUGUUGAUCGAGUAUGUGACGGAGGGAAUUGUUGACGACGAAAUAAACAAGACAAUACUUUAUGGACCAACAACAUUAAAAGAAUUUAAAGAAAAAUUGAAAAUGUACGAGAGAUUGAAGGAAAAGCAGGGCAGAGAACAUAGAGACACAAAGAAGGAAGAUUUUAUGCGACAAAACAACACAAAACAGACUCAAAGAAAACAAGAUACCAUAAAGGAACGAGAUGAAAGAAACAUGAGAUGUUUUAACUGUGGAAAAGGAGGACACCAGGCAAAAAAUUGUCGAGAUAAGGACAAAGGUUUAAAAUGUUUUAAAUGUGACAACUUUGGUCACAUAGCGAAAGAAUGCGAAAGGGAAAAACCACAAAGAAAGAAUUCCAAUCGUGACGAAACCAAAGAACUCUAUGUUGCUCAAGAAACCAAGAUGGAAUUGUCUAGAUACAAGACGGUAAUACUGAAUGGAAGAAAAAUCAACGGUUUUAUCGAUACUGGGAGUGAUUUAAAUUUAAUAAAAGUAACAGCAUUUUUGCAAAUAGGUGGGCCAAAAUUUGACGAAACGCCUAUAACAAUCAAAGGAAUCGGAGAUAAUUGCAUUACAACAUUGGGCAAGUUUAAAACAGAGAUGAAAAUGGAUGACUGUAUUUUUGCAACAGAUAUCCACAUUGUUCCCGAAGAAGCAAUUCCCAUGAAAUUCAUUAUUGGAAAACCUGUACUAGAGUUUGCAACCUUGACAAUAAAUAACAAAGGAAUCAAAGUGACGGAGAAUGGAGAAAAUAAAGAUUUCAUCAUGACUCGAGAAAUUGAAAAGGAAAGAGAAGUAUUAAGUGAUAUCUUUAUGAUUCAAAUGGACAGUAAUACCUUAAACGUAGGAAAACUUGGAUGUUACAAACGGAUAUCGAAUAUUGUACAAGCGUACAAACCACAGCAUCGACAGAGUACAGCGAUUCGAACUAAAAUAAUAUUGAGUGAUGAAAUACCAGUUUAUCAAUCACCUAGAAGACUGUCAUUUAUGGAAAAGAAAGAAGUUGAAAGACAGAUUGAGGAAUGGAUAGCUGAUGGAAUAGUGAGACCUAGCAUUUCUGAUUACGCAAGUCCAAUAGUCUUGGUAAAGAAAAGAGAUGGGUCGACAAGGAUAUGCAUCGACUAUAGGAAGUUGAACAGAAAAAUAAUAAAGGACAGAUAUCCCUUACCGGUAAUAGAAGACCAGAUAAAUCGUUUAGCUAAAGCAAAAAUUUUUACUACAUUGGAUUUAAAAAACGGAUUUUUCCAUGUACCUGUUGACGAGUAUAGUGUAAAGUAUACUUCAUUUGUUACCCCAAGCGGACAAUAUGAAUUUUUGAAAACACCAUUUGGCUUGUGCAACUCACCAGCUGUUUUCCAGAGAUACGUGAACGAAGUAUUCAAAAAAUUGAUCCACAAAGGAAUCGUAUUAACUUACAUGGAUGACCUGAUAAUUCCAUCAACGACAGUAGAAGAGGCUUACAGCAACCUAGAAGAAGUAUUGAAAACAGCAGAAAACUACGGCCUUGAAUUUAAAUGGUCUAAAUGCUAUUUUAUAGACACAAAGGUAGAAUACCUUGGACAUGAAGUUGAGGAUGGUACCGUUAAACCUUCUCUCAGAAAAAUAAAGGCGGUUAUGAACUUUCCUAUACCGACAACGAUAAAGAAGGUGUAG